AUGACAUCCACCCAAGAGGAUCGCAAUGUUCAAAAUGCGACUCCAGAAUGGACGAAUGAGCCUGACAUCGAAAACCAAGCUGCAGUGGAAGUAAAGGAGAAAAAUGAUGGACCUCAAACAGCAAAUGAGAAGAAUGAUCUUGCGUCCGUUGACAACAUUAACGAACUUUAUUCCAUCUUUACUUUGUGGGAGAAGCGUUUCAUCGCCAUUGUCGUUUCGAUUGUUUCUCUAUUCUCGCCAUUUUCCUCGAAUAUCUAUUUCCCCGCAAUGAACACGCUAGCUCAGAGUCUGCACGUGUCUCAUGAGAAAAUAAAUUUGAGUGUGACCGUCUAUAUGAUUUUUCAAGGAGUAGCACCAGCCUUCAUCAGUAACAUAGCUGAAACAUCAGGGAGACGUCCGGCAUAUGUUGUCUGUUUUAUCAUCUUUCUCGGAGCCAAUAUUGGCCUUGCGGUGCAAAGCUCCUAUCCAGCGCUGAUGGUUCUGCGCUGUGUCCAGAGCUCUGGCAGCAGUGGAACCGUGGCCCUUGCCAAUGCAGUCAUCGCCGAUAUCGUUACUUCUGCAGAACGAGGCAGCUUUUUUGCAUGGUCAAUGCUUGGUGCUAUUUUGGGACCUUCUCUGAGUCCUAUUAUUGGCGGUCUACUCAGCGAGUACCUUGGGUGGAAGUCCAUCUUUUGGUUUUUGGUCAUCUUCACAGCCGUUGUCCUGGUUCCGUUUCUGCUCUUCUUCCCUGAAACAAGCCGCCCAAUCGUGGGGAACGGGUCAAUUCCACCGCCUAAAUGGAACAGGUCCCUCGCAAAUGUGAUUUCCGAACGGCGACUAGCCAAGGCUGGGAAGCCUGUUGACAAGUCGGCGACUCACAAAUCCACUCGCCUUGAGUUUCCCAAUCCCAUUAAAACUCUUAAGAUUGCCAUAGAACCAGAGGGCGCUUUGAUCCUCUUCUUUGGAGGCAUCGUCUAUGCAGGGUACUACGCUGUAGCAGCGAGCAUCCCAUCGCUCUUCGGCCAGACUUACGGAUAUAACGAUAUCGAAAUUGGCUUGAUGUAUCUGCCAAUCAGCGCAGGAAUGCUCAUUGCGGCUUUCACUACAGGCAAACUUGUUGAUGCUAACUACCGACGUUAUGCGAAGAAACACGGCUUUCCACUCGAUAAGACCAAGCAGCAUGACCUGACUGACUAUCCCCUUGAGCGAGCCCGUCUGGAUAUCUGCUUACCUCUGACAUAUCUCGGGGCGCUGGCUAUGAUCGCUUACGGGUGGCUUGUUGAAUACGGGUAUCGGAUCGGCGUAGCGGGUCCGGUUGUCAUCCUCGUGGUAUUGGGCUAUGGCGUGGUCGGAUCCUUCAACACGACCAGCAUUCUCAUCAUAGACAUCAAUCGUGAUCGUCCGGCGAUGGCUACGGCGGCGAACAAUCUUAUCCGAUGCCUUAUGGGCGCGGGGGCCACUGCUUUCAUUGGUCCUAUGCUCAAUGCGAUGGGCCGUGGCUGGGGAUACACAUUCAUUGCCUUUCUGUGGUUUCUCUUUAGCCCAAUGUUACUGGCUGUGAUCAAGUGGGGUCCUGGGUGGCGGAAAAAGAGGGCCCUGAAGGCUGCAGAGAAGAAGCGGCUAACGGUAGAGAAGCAAAGAAAGUCAGAGCUGGCGGAAUAUGCUCUCUCGGCCGACAGAAAAACCAGCGAGGCAGCGGUACCAGAUGAAAAGAAGCCAAGCGAAGCUACAGUAAAUUCAGAUGUCAGUCAUGAAAUUGCAGAUCAUGACCCCGAGGCAGCUGUGAAAGGUCCGAACGAUGCCAAAAAUACGAGACCAGGAGCAGAGGGCAAAGGAGAUUAUAUCUCGCCGUCAGCAUCUUAA